CCGACAUCUGCACAAAGCCGGGCGGCACGAGGGCUGUGAUUCUUUUCAGUUUCCCGGCAAAAACACCACGUUUACUUAUUUAUUUGUUUGUUUAUUUGUACACCGGGAUGGAAGUGCCACAUUCGGUGGACAAAGAAUUGAUCAUCAGUGAAAACUACUGAGAGCCGGCGGAGAAACCACACACACACACACACACACACACACACACACAAACACUGACACACACUUUUAUGGCCAAGUUUUUCGCAGAAUUACUGGCAUGUACUCUGCCAGAAAAAGGCACCACUCCUAUGUUUGAGUGCAGAAGUCAACCCUAUAUCGGAUUGAGACAUGUCUCCAAACAGGGGGAAAAAAUGCCUCAAACGCCACCAUUUCCAGCGAUGUUCGGGUCCAGUGGCUACAACAACAACCACUAUAAGACAAAAGAGGAGGACUUCAGUGGCUUAUAUUACCAUGACAACAACCUGGUGUCAGGGUCUCUGGAGGCCCUCAUUCAGCACUUAGUCCCCACUGUGGCUUACUAUCCUGAUAGGAAGUACAUCUUCACAUUUUUGCUCAAUUCACGUCUUUUCAUUCAUCCACAUGAGCUCAUGUCUAAAGUUUGCCACUUGUGCACAGACCAUCAGAAGCUCAGUGAUCAUUCAGCAGACAAGAUAAGAAUCAGAAAACUUGCUCCCAAGAUCUUGCAGUUGCUAACAGAGUGGACAGAGACGUUUCCUUACGACUUCCGGGAUGAGCGGAUGAUGAGGAGUCUAAAAGAAUUAACGCAACGUUUGAGCACUGGAGAUGAGGUCUAUCGGAAAGCAGUGCACCAGAUGAUACAAGCCCUGACCCGUAAACUCGCUACACACAGCCAGUAUGAAGAAAACUUGGCCAAGAUCAGCUCCUCAGUGGCAGACAGACUACCGGUUUUGAAAACCAAGCCUCAGUCUAUCCAUAGAAACAUCAUGACCAUCUGUAGUGACACUUUCACUUUGGCUCAGCAGUUAACCCACAUCGAGCUGGAGCGACUGAGCUACAUCGGACCUGAAGAAUUUGUCCAGGCAUUUGUUCAGAAAGGUUCUCUUGACAAUGAAAAGAGUUGUUUUACUAAGUGCAAAAAAACCAGUAACCUGGAGGCAUAUGUGGAGUGGUUCAACAGGCUGAGCUACUUGGUAGCCACUGAGAUCUGCAUGCCGGAGAAAAAAAAGCAGCGAGCUCGUGUCAUCGAGUUCUUCGUCGAUGUGGCGCGGGAAUGCUUCAAUAUUGGCAACUUCAAUUCUCUCAUGGCCAUCAUUUCUGGCAUGAAUAUGAGUCCGGUAUCACGGCUAAAAAAGACCUGGGCCAAGGUCAAAACAGCAAAGUUCGAUAUUCUGGAGCACCAAAUGGACCCGUCCAGCAACUUCUACAACUACAGAACAGCGCUACGUGGAGCUACUCAAAGAUCUAUAACUGCACAUACCAGCAGAGAAAAGAUUGUCAUUCCAUUCUUCAGCCUUAUGAUUAAGGACAUCGUGUUCCUCAAUGAAGGGUGUUCUAACCGGCUCCCAAAUGGACAUGUCAAUUUUGAGAAAUUCUGGGAGCUGGCCAAGCAGGUGAACGAGUUCAUGACUUGGAAGAAAGUGGAGUGUCCGUUUGAGAAGGACGGCAAGAUUCUGCAGUACCUCCUCACCGCUCCCAUCUUCAGCGAGGAUGCUUUGUAUCAGGCGUCCUACGAGAGAGAGGGACCGGAGAACAACAUGGAGAAGGACAGAUGGAAAUCUCUUAGGUCCUCUCUGCUAAACAGGAUGUAGUUCUACCGAAGAACCAGAGAUAUUAAGCUUCUGGAAAGCCAGCUGUGUCCCAUUUUGUCCCAUCAAGAAGUGAGAAGCAGCCCUUAUUUUUUUAUUUUAUUUUUAUUUAAAUUUUUUACUAAGGGACACCACGGUCACUACAUUGGAAGUGUUUUGUGUGUAUAAUGGAAACCUGGAUAUUUCCGAAUUUUUUUUCCAUCACUACCUUUAAAUCUUUAAAAAGACUUAAAUCUUUUUUUUUUUUUUUUUUUUUGAGAAAUGCUCAUGAUACAUUUUCUGCUGUUUCAUGAGACAUUUGGACGCUCUCGAUGCAAGUCUUCAGAGUUUGCUGCUGGUUGGCUGAACUCUGCGAACAGAUUAUAGAAAAAAGAGGAAAGAAACAAAAAACAAAGACUAUUAAUAUUAAAACCAGCAUUGUGUGUAUUUUGUACCUGCACUGUAUAUUGAUGGUAUACAAUAUUAAUUUAUGUAUAGAUUUAUUUGAUCUGUUCUGUUGUAUUUGUUCACAUUGCUUUUUAUACCUGAGGUAUUUCUAAUGAGUUUUUCUCACUUGUGUGAGUGACCACCAAGUGUGGAUGAGAGCAGCUCGUCGAGGUCUGAUGAAUGCACUGGGUGCAUUCAGGAUCAAAAAAUAGCAUUUCCUGUUGUGUUAUACCCUGUUAGUCUGUAACAUUUACAUGUUUUAUGUGGGCUUUGCCCUUUUCAUAUGAAUUGAUGAAGGAGACGCAUACAUUCCUUAUUAGCAGUGUUCUUAUAGAAACUACUAUUCUCAUUUCUACUCAUCCAACAUAGGAAUAGAGGACUGCAUUUCACUGAAAUACAUUACCGACAGGUCCACCUACCUCCUUUUUACACAAGCUAGUUCUGAAAUUACGCUAUGAUGUGGCCCCCUGGUGGUCAUGCCAUAAAUAAAUGCCAAGUAAAUGAUUACAUAAAUACACUGCACACUGAUUAGUGUAAGACUAGUUGGGCUGCAUAAUGCCGUUUUACACAAUUCUAUGGUUUUGCUUCAGAUGAAAUUAUUUUAAGUGUAGGUUGUUCCUGUUCUCUACUAUACUGUAUUGUCAUUUCUUUGUUAAAUAGUAUUGAUACACAUUUUAUCCUGUGUUCGAUUUGUACAGAUUCUUUUUGUAGCUACCUGAUAUUGCUCUAAUAUUUUAUAUUUAUCAACAUUUUCAUUUUCAGGGCACUAGCAUACAACAUGAAGAUAAAGAAGUUAUUAUUGACUGAUGUCUAGUUUACAACGUACAUUUUUUUCCAGUGUUUGUGGAAUUUUCCAACACUUUAUGUGAAUAAAUUCGGGUUUUUUUGCCUCGUG